GCCGGAGGUGUUCCAGCAGCGAGGCUGUAGGUCUGGCCUGCUGCAACUGUGUUUGAGGCCAUUCAUGUUAUUUCCCCCGAAAGAAAACAAAUCGUGCCUUCCGUUCCCGUGUGUGCGAGUAUCAUCAACGUAAUCCUCAUUCUCUUGAUCUGAUACCCUGCUUUUUUACCCCCCGGUUUCUUUUUAGGUAAAAAUGAAGACCAGAAAAGGAGGGAGAUUUAAAUCUUCCUUUAAAUUGAGACAAAAAGGCAUUGAAGUAAUAGGAAAAUGGAAAACUGUGCAAAUCGACCCCAAUCUAUUUGCUGAUGAGGAGUUCAGAGAUAUAGUGUGCUUGGAGGAGCUCACAGAGUACAAGCUAGUAGGUUCUUCCAAAGUGGGGAAAAUAAAAGAGAAGAAGAGAAAGGCUGAGAGUGUUUCCGAAGAAGGCAAUGAGGAGGACGAAGAACCUGUUGUCCCUCCCAAAAAGAAAAAGAAAAACAAAGAUUUGAGAAGCAAGCCAGAUAAAAGCGAUGAUCCUAAUGCAACAGAAAUUGAUGUGCAGGUUGAUAAAGAGGCAAAGUAUAAUAAAAUAAUCGAAGUGGCAAAUUGUGAGGAACGUGGGCAUGCGGCUGAGAUCACUUUGAGCACAAAAAAUGCUCCAAAGAAAAAGAAAAAUAAGGUAGCUAAAAAUAAGGUUCCUCAAGCUCAAGAAGCUCUUCCAUCAGUAACUGCUUCUAAAAAAGUUAAAAACUGGACAACAGAAGUUUUAUCUGCCUCAACUGAUCACAAAGCUGAUGUGUCUGCAUGGAAGGACCUGUUUGUACCUGAACCAGUGUUGCGGGCCCUGAGCUACCUGGGGUUUAGUGCUCCAACUGCCAUUCAAGCCUUAGCCUUGCCUCCUGCCAUCCGGGAUAAUAUGGAUGUUCUUGGUGCUGCAGAAACAGGAAGCGGCAAAACGCUUGCAUUUGCAAUUCCAAUGAUUCACUCUGUGCUGCAGUGGCAAAAAUCAAAUAGCUCAACAACCAGAAAUGACAGCGUUUCUAAAGAGUCCCAUCAGCAUCAUGAUGAAACAAGAUGGGAAAAUGAGGAUGAAGCAGAAAAACUAACCCAUCAGCAGGUUGAAGAUAGUGGAGAUGAAGAUGAUGCAUCUUUCACAACAGGCUGUGUGAAGGUGCUGGAAAAUAUUGAAUUUGAUUCCGGUGACAAGACGCAUGCUGUUGGCUCCCAUAAAAAGAGACCUCUUUUAGGACUGGUCCUUACUCCCACAAGAGAAUUAGCUGUACAAGUCAAACACCACAUUGAUGCAGUUGCAAAGUUUACAGGCAUUAAGACUGCAAUUCUAGUUGGAGGCAUGGCUGCACAGAAGCAAGAACGUGUACUGAAUCGAAAGCCAGAAAUUGUAAUUGCAACCCCAGGCCGCCUGUGGGAAUUAGUUAAAGAAAGACACCCACAUCUUUCAAAUCUUCGGCAGCUCAGGUGCCUUGUGAUUGAUGAAGCAGACCGAAUGGUUGAGAAAGGUCACUUCUUAGAGCUGUCUCAGUUGCUGGAAAUCUUAAAUGAUUCACAGUAUAACCCUCAACGACAGACUUUUGUUUUUUCUGCCACUUUGACUUUAGUCCAUCAGACUCCCACAAGAGUUUUACAGAAGAAGAAUGCUAAAAAGAUGGACAAGAAGACCAAACUAGAAUUGUUAAUGGAAAAAGUAGGAAUAAAGGGCAAACCCAAAGUGAUAGACUUAACAAGGAAAGAGGCUACUGUUGAGACUCUGACAGAAACCAGAAUCCACUGUAAUACAAAUGAGAAGGACUAUUAUCUCUACUACUUUCUUCUCCAGUAUCCAGGAAGAACCAUGGUCUUUGCAAACAGCAUAGACUGUGUAAAACGCCUCAGUUCUCUCCUCACAAUCUUAAAUUGUGAUCCUCUUCCUUUGCAUGCCAACAUGCACCAAAAGCAAAGGCUGAAAAACCUGGAAAGGUUUGCUGAGCAAGAGAGCUGUGUCCUCCUGACAACAGAUGUUGCAGCUCGUGGUCUUGAUAUUCCCAACGUGCAACAUGUCAUCCACUACCAGGUCCCUCGUACUUCUGAGUUGUAUGUACACAGAAGUGGCAGAACAGCCCGAGCUGCCAACGAAGGCCUUAGCCUAUUGCUGAUUGGCCCUGAUGACUUGAUCAAUUUUAGGAAAAUUUAUAAAACGUUGGAGAAGAGUGAAGAGCUGCCAUUUUUUCCAGUUGAAACCAAGUGCAUGACUUCUAUCAAGGAGCGGAUGAAUUUGGCGCGGCAGAUUGAGAAGGCAGAAUUUUUCAACAGUCGGGCAAAGCAGCACAACUCCUGGCUCCAGCAAGCUGCAGAGGCUCUUGAGAUUGAUCUUGAUGAUGACAUGCUUAUGGGAAGAAAAGCUAGUGAGCAAGAAGAAUGCCAGAAGCAAAAGAUGCUGAAGGGGAUGAAAAAACAACUAAAACAUAUGUUGUCCCAGCCACUGUUUAAAGUCCUUAUGAAAACCAAAUACCCAACACAGUCUGGAAAACUACUCCUGCCUCAGACAUCAGCGGGUAUUUCAGAAUCUGCUCUGGGUACUGUGUCCAGACAACAAGCCAAGAAGAAGAAAUCGAUAAAACUAAAUUAGAUAACUCAGCAAGAUCACUCUGCAACAGAAGCAAGGACAAUCCUUAUCAAGACUGUCAGUGCUUAUGGAGGAACUCAGCUAGAAGACAUGUAGUAUCAGAGGAUGUUGCCUGUGUUUUGGUUGUGCAGGCACAAAGCAAAAUGUUGAUUUAAAGGGCUCUGUUAACAGGCAAUUAGUUACUGUUGAAUCUUGUUUUGGAUCUUAUUUCCUUAUGUUCUUACUUUUUUUUUUUCUUACUCUGUAUUAAUAGAAGUUAAUUAGUUUUGAAAUAGUUCUGUUUAUUACUCCUUUUUGUGAGAUGGGUAGAAGUUACUGGAUAAAAUUCACUGUGGGCAUACUCUAAUGAUAAAUCUUGAUUUGAAUUUUAAUGUCCUUAAAGGAAAGGGGAAAGUAGGCUGUAUACAGUCUGAGUACAACAUGAGCUGGUGGUAACAGGAGGUUUGGCUUUUACUGCAGCCAGUUCAGUGAGAAAGGCAGCAAAUACAGGUAGUGUUACCAGCAGGUCUACAAUCCUGCUUAUGGAAAUCUCUCCCAAUUUUCUUCCUCCUCUGAUAAUAUUUCUCUGUUCUGUUCUCCACUGGGUCCCAAUUCCCUUAGUCCUGUGUCAUACGUGUUUUAGAAUGUGCAAAAAAAGUCAAGGUGGCAAUGGGCCAGGACUGACCUUCGGAGAUGUGUAGAUUUUUAAGGAGUAAGUGUUGCUACUCAGUGUUCUCUUAAUUAAUAUUUGGAGUUAAGUUUGUAUUUGAAAACAUGUUAGAACCGUCACCUUUGGAAAAGGUGAUGAUGUUGUGAAGUGUUACUUUUGAAGAGUGCUUCCCGAUAAUUAUGCUUAAUCAUUUUAACCUGACCUGGGCAAAUAAUUUUUAAAACUAUUUUUAAAAUUCUGUCAGAAAAAUAUAUUUUGAUUUUUUGUUAAAUUAUAUCUGCUAUAAAACCUAAAGCCUGUGUUUGUUUUUAGUCACCUGAGAUUUCUAAAUUCCUCAUAGCUGAUGCCCUUUGCACCUAGCAGGCAAGGAGAGGGGGAAAAGCACCUGAAAGGUAGGACAUAGCAAUGGGAUCUGUAUUGGUGGGAGCAGAAGGAACCCUCACCUGCCAGCUCUACAUCGGGCUGAGGUUUUGUCUCAUACAGUAUAGAACCAGUGUCACUGCCAUGAUUGGAGGCAUCAGUUUACUCAGCUAAUAAAAGCGAAAUUUUUCUAUGGAGUUAGGUGCCCCUUCCAGCCACUUGCUGGUUGUGUGAGAAUAGCAAAUUCUUUACUCUUUCAUCUGUGUAAAUAAUUGAAAGCCUCCCCCACUCCCUCAUUUCUCGAGGGCUUUUCUCUUGCUUCCUUGCGUUACUGAAGAAGAGCUGCGACAAUUUAAUCAUAAGCAUGCAGAGCUUAUCAGUUACAUAUGAAACUUGCAUUGCAAUGCACUGUUUGGCUCAUGCCCUUCAGAGUAGAGGGGGGAAGUUUUGGGGAGGAAGAGAUGGUAAAGUUGUUUCCUCACUCAUGCGAGAAGAUGACACAUCUUUGGAGUUAAUGUGACAUCUGAAAAACAAAAACGAGAAUUUAAAGAAAGUUCCUUG